AUAUUUGGGAGUAAAGUGCCACAUACAAACAAACAAGCACCGAACUCAGCACGUUUGCAAUCAUGGCAAUGGUCAAGUGUCACCACCUAGCCCUGGUCGUCUUAGCUUUGGUAACACUACCAGCCAACCCUGUGGCUUCGUCGGGUGAGUUGAUUGAUUGAUUUUUUUUGUUUAAAGACAGCCGUUCAUUGUAUUCUAAAUGUGUGUGUGUCAGAAUUUUCUCAAUGUAUUUAUGUCAGAUUUUUCUAAAAGUCUUUGUGUCAGAGUCCCCCCAAAUGAAUUUUUCGAAGAAAUCUUGUGUUUAAUCUGUUGAUUUUCCCGACGGCAUGCUGUCUGAUGUCUUCAUCAUGUCACUGAUUGACUACUAUCUUGUUCACUUAAAUGUUUAAGGGUUAAAAAUAAACAAUUAAAAAAAAAAAAACCCACCCAAUACAGCUUAAUGAUCUAGGAAAAUUUUUCAAAGUUACGGAAAAGUUACUCUGAAUGUUUUCAUGCUCUUUUUGACAAUCAACAUAGCUUAAAAAAAAGAGCCACUGGUACAAAAAUUCUUUGCGAAUAGCACAAAUUGGCUACUCCAGGGUGUUUAGACAUAAGUACUCCAACCACGCGAUUGAAACAUGUCAGCCUAACCUCAAAGGAAACUGACUUUUUAAAAUCGGUUGAAAAGCGCAAAAGGGUAGACGGUUUAAAUUUGAAAUAAAAAUUGGGCACCCAUCCCUCCCCCGCACAAAACUAUUAUUCGUUUGGAAUCCCCCGAUAUUUUAAAAGGAAUUUUGAAAAGUAUGCUUACCAAGUUUGGCCUAGAUGCAAUAAGUCAUGGAGAUGCUGGCAUUGUAACCUUAAGUCUUCUAGUAGAGAUGUGGCUUUUUUAAGGAACAUUAAUCGGAGAACCUUCUAAAUGCAUUUCGAACAUUCUAGAAAUGAAUAAUAAAUAUUUUGAUCUCAUAACAUAUUAUGAUUAUAUAAUCAAAAAACACUUUUAAAGACCUAAACAUUCUAGAUUAAGGUAGACAAGACACUACAGCUAUAGAUUAAUUCUGAAUGGUUAUUUGAUUGUAACACGACCUAGAAUAGAGCACCCUAUAGUUAUGUUUGCCUGUUAUGGGGCCCUUUGAAUACAUGUUAGGGAAGGCAUAUAAACUGGGGGUAUAUCAAUCAUUUUUUUUUUAAAAUGAAAGAAAAAACAACGAUGACGUCAUUGGCAUCAUUACCAUGGGAACAAGGAACUCCAAAAACUUUCUCAACUUAUUCAAACCAUCUACUAAAUUUACUUCACACAUCUCUGAGAAUUCUGUAAGCUUUCUGGACUUAAUCCUUACAUUAAAAGAAAACGGAGCAUUGACGUCAGCAUGCUACAAACCAACGGACAGCCAUAGUUCCUUAUUGUAUUCCUCCUCCCACUACAAACAAAACUGACAGCCAUAGCUACUUUUUAUAUUCAUCCUCCAAACCCAAAAUAGAGCAGCGACUCCAUAGCUUUUCCUCAACUUGUACGUCGACAUUACCAGUCAGGUGAAGACUUUUCAGAAAGGACAAAUGAAACGAUUGACUUCCUCCGCUCCAGAUCUCAUUCUGAAAUUACCCUAGUUUCGUUACUCAAACAUGUCAUAAAAAAAAACCAGCAAUACACGUAUUGAUUUUUUUUUUAAUCUCGUUUUAAGAAAAAAAUGAGAUUUGAACUAAACACAUGUUUAAAUCCUUUGUACUAACUUCACAUUUGUUUGUGGAUGGCUGGCUGGUUGGCAUUACAGGCUGGGUGGAAAAAUCUUCGGACGACUAAUUAGCCCACUUUCUGUCAAGCUAUCUAGCUUAAAAUUCGCACAGACUCGUUACAGAUAGCAACACAUUCUCUCAAACUGCUAGCCUCACCACCCUAACCUAAACCCUCAAAAAAAUCAGUCUUUUCCCCUCUUUGCAAGGGUAAGAUAAAAGAAAUUCCUGAUAACUGCGAUAAAUAAGAUUAUUUUAAAGGAAAUAUCGCAAGUGCUUUUGCUGCGUAAUAUUUCUUUUGUUUUUCUGAAACAGUUGUUGAAAUAGCUGGUGUAAAAGCUGGCGGGUCAUUCGAAUAUUAACGUAGUUCAGGGGCUGAAAAAAUGUGCAGUUUUGAGAGUUGGGUUGGGGGGGGGGCACUAAUUGGGAUUCUUAUAAAGUGCGCUACUUGUUUGCACGUUUUGUCAAAUUUUCAGCCCCAUCCACUCUUAACUCGAUAUUACAUUUGAUAAAUGAUUUAUACGAAAAACGUUUGUGUUAAGGGGUUAUUUCUUUAUAGUGCACCUUUUUUUCUACACAUAGACUGAGACAUAUGUGAACUGAGAACACUUACUUUAAAAAAAAAAAUUCUAAUAGUUCUUUAUUCUUGUGUUGAAUUUUCACUAAAGAAGACAUCUGGGCGAAACGUCCUUCAAAGUUUUCUUCUUUGCUUUGUUAAGCCGCAAAAUAUCUUAUUGCUCUACGUAUGUAUACUUAACAAGGCUUGAACGCAACCCAAUAAAUUUUCCUAGAUUCUUCAAGAAUUUUUUUUUUUUAAAAAUGUAAUAGCGAGGAAAUUCCAAGGAAAGUAUAGAACUAAUAAGUCUAUUGUGUAUUAUAUAAAGCUAAACUAAAAUGUUCACUAACGCUCAGAUCCCAAUGACAUUGCCACAAUCUUUAUAUCUACGCAGAACAAUAUAGAACCUGCUAAAAAAUUAGAAUAUUAUUUGAACAUUCAAACAACUUCUCAAAAUGGCUGAUAUGCAAUGAUUAUUUCAAUGCUAAAACAAUUAAAACAAAAUGCAGUAACUUUAGACGUUUAAAACAAAAUUAAAGUUAAAUCAAGACCCGUUCUACAAUGGGAGGUUUCAAUUGUCACCACGAUAGGGACGCUGAAACAUUGAUCAGAUAGUCAAGUGAAACUUUCAAAGCCGUGCCAAUGAAAUCGGUUGAAAAAUAUAUAUAAGAGAUACAGCAGAUAAACAAACUUUACAGGAAUCAUGUAUAGGUCAGGAUGAAUGACCUUGUGCAAAGAAGUCGUGGUCCACUGUUUGGUUUUCUUUUUUAUAAAGUGACCCAUUAACAUGCAUCGUGACCAGUGAGCCGCGCCGAGUUUUCAUAAUACGGUAGAUAACUGUCUUCCCCAGCCCCGUCCAAGAACUUGUUGAACUUCAUGAGCGUGAUAAGUGGCAGGUACGUCGAGGAGAUUUUGGAAUCGGAGAAACUACUGCCCGCAGGUGAACUAGAAAACCUGACAGAGCUCGUCAUCCCGGUUCGAAUCCCGGCUUUCGACCCGGUGAGUUCCAUUUCAAAUUAAGAUCUGCCUUUACAAGGAUUUACGUCAGCUUCAGCAAUAUCUAUUGCUAAAACUAAUACUGUUUAAAAUACUAAUAUAAAAAACAACUAUUACUUCUAUUGCUACUACUACUACAAACACCCACCACCACCGCCACGACAAUAGAAACGGUGGGUGCCAUUGAGAUUGAAACAUUUGCUAAAGCUACUAACGCUAUUAAUAUAGCAACGCUUAUGAACACUGCAAAUUGUUUUAUUUGUCCUCCAUGCACUAACCGACGUCUCCCAUCACCAGGAUUUUGCCUUCUUGUACGAGGAAACGGUCAGCGGGACUCGUUUCCGUCGCCACAUUUUCGUCGUAUCGGAAAAUGCUGACAAGAUCAUCACCAUCAGACCGUACAACAUCACCGGAAAUGACGUGUAAGUCAUUUUUAUGUUCAGAAUCAAUGUCAUAUCCCAAGUUGUGUCUUUUCUAGUACAGUAAGUCUUAUCACAGUCGUGUGUUUUCUAGUACUGUGAGUACCCGAAUCUCAUCGCUGAAGAAAUUGCUAAUAAUAAUAUGUUUAAAAACAAACACGAUGAAUGCACGUAAAAAGAAAGAAAAUAAAUCUUGUUAGAAAUAGUGUUCGUAAAGAAUUUAAAAAAAAAAUAAAGACAAUAAUUUUUAAUGAAAACGCCAAGUUGUUCCAAAAGUUGCCUUUCUAUCUGACAAUUAAUUUAUUUUGUGUGCUAUAAAAGUGUUAAAGAAGCCAUUUAAUUGCAAAUCAAUUCAAAGUUGUUACAAAGGUUGUCUUUCUUAACAUUAGUUCAUUAGUUUAAUAAAAAUAAUAAAAUGAAGCAUUCCUAGUUUUUUUUUUUUUCAGAUUCUGUUAUCACAUUUCAAGAAACAUUAGAUUAUAUCUAUUAAAUGAAUUAAGACGACGGGUGAAAAGGAACUCAAAGAGGUCACUGAAUACUCGUCAUUCCUUGAACUUAAAUGUAUUAUUUAUAAAAGGACAACACUUUUUUUUCCAGAGCUAAAGACCUGGACGUGGCAAGCCUAGAAUCGCUUCCACUAAACGCUUUUUCCUUUGACCCUGACUGUGCUCUAACCUACAGACCUGUUAGCCGCAAUACCUACUUUGGUACCUGGCCAGAUUGUACCAUCAGCGAUGAAGGGGUGAGUUUGGAUAGCUUACCAAUGCCGAAGAUAUUAAAAAUAAAAGGCUGGUGUUGUUAAUUUAUCUGACCAGAAUAUACGAUUAGAAAGAUCAUAGUAGAGUCGACUGGAGGGAUUUCAUGGUCACAUUUAAAAAUAAUAAAAAUAUUUGCUAAAAUUUGUGCCCAGGGUCGGGUGAAUGGGUAUUUUUUUGUUUUUUUGUUUUGUUUUGCGUGGUUUCAUUAAGUCAAAUGUGUGUUUGUAACAGCGUACACUUGUGAUGAUAGGACCAAAGGUGUGUCUAAGUUAAUGAAAGAGCUUAUAUUGAUAGAACCAUAUUGAUGUUUGAAUUAAUGAAAAGCGUGUGUUGAUAGGACCAUAUGUGUGUUUGUAACAGCGUAUACUUGUGAUGAUAGGACCAAAGGUGUGUCUAAGUUAAUGAAAGAGCUUAUAUUGAUAGAACCAUAUUGAUGUUUGAAUUAAUGAAAAGCGUGUGUUGAUAGGACCAUAUGUGUGUUUGUAACAGCGUAUACUUGUGAUGAUAGGACCAAAGGUGUGUCUAAGUUAAUGAAAGAGCUUAUAUUGAUAGAACCAUAUUGAUGUUUGAAUUAAUGAAAAGCGUGUGUUGAUAGGACCAUAUGUGUGUUUGUAACAGCGUACACUUGUGAUGAUAGGACCAAAGGUGUGUCUAAGUUAAUGAAAGAGCUUAUAUUGAUAGAACCAUAUUGAUGUUUGAAUUAAUGAAAAGCGUGUGUUGAUAGGACCAUAUGUGUGUUUGUAACAGCGUAUACUUGUGAUGAUAGGACCAAAGGUGUAUCUAAAUUAAUGAAAGAGCUUAGAUUGAUAGAGGCAAAUUGAUGUUUGAAUUAAUGAAAAGCGUGUGUUGAUAGGACAAUAUGUGUGUUUGUAACAGCGUACACUUGUGAUGAUAGGACCAAAGGUGUGUCUAAGUUAAUGAAAGAGCUUAUAUUGAUAGAACCAUAUUGAUGUUUGAAUUAAUGAAAAGCGUGUGUUGAUAGGACCAUAUGUGUGUUUGUAACAACGUACACUUGUGAUGAUAGGACCAAAGGUGUGUCUAAGUUAAUGAAAGAGCUUAUAUUGAUAGAACCAUAUUGAUGUUUGAAUUAAUGAAAAGCGUGUGUUGAUAGGACCAUAUGUGUGUUUGUAACAGCGUAUACUUGUGAUGAUAGGACCAAAGGUGUGUCUAAGUUAAUGAAACAGCUUAUAUUGAUAGAACCAAAUUGAUGUUUGAAUUAAUGAAAAGCGUGUGUUGAUAGGACAAUAUGUGUGUUUGUAACAGCGUACACUUGUGAUGAUAGGACCAAAGGUGUGUCUAAGUUAAUGAAAGAGCUUAUAUUGAUAGAACCAUAUUGAUGUUUGAAUUAAUGAAAAGCGUGUGUUGAUAGGACCAUAUGUGUGUUUGUAACAACGUACACUUGUGAUGAUAGGACCAAAGGUGUGUCUAAGUUAAUGAAAGAGCUUAUAUUGAUAGAACCAUAUUGAUGUUUGAAUUAAUGAAAAGCGUGUGUUGAUAGGACCAUAUGUGUGUUUGUAACAGCGUACACUUGUGAUGAUAGGACCAAAGGUGUGUCUAAGUUAAUGAAAGAGCUUAUAUUGAUAGAACCAUAUUGAUGUUUGAAUUAAUGAAAAGCGUGUGUUGAUAGGACCAUAUGUGUGUUUGUAACAGCGUACACUUGUGAUGAUAGGACCAAAGGUGUGUCUAAGUUAAUGAAAGAGCUUAUAUUGAUAGAACCAUAUUGAUGUUUGAAUUAAUGAAAAGCGUGUGUUGAUAGGACCAUAUGUGUGUUUGUAACAGCGUACACUUGUGAUGAUAGGACCAAAGGUGUGUCUAAGUUAAUGAAAGAGCUUAUAUUGAUAGAACCAUAUUGAUGUUUGAAUUAAUGAAAAGCGUGUGUUGAUAGGACCAUAUGUGUGUUUGUAACAGCGUACACUUGUGAUGAUAGGACCAAAGGUGUGUCUAAGUUAAUGAAAGAGCUUAUAUUGAUAGAACCAUAUUGAUGUUUGAAUUAAUGAAAAGCGUGUGUUGAUAGGACCAUAUGUGUGUUUGUAACAGCGUACACUUGUGAUGAUAGGACCAAAGGUGUGUCUAAGUUAAUGAAAGAGCUUAUAUUGAUAGAACCAUAUUGAUGUUUGAAUUAAUGAAAAGCGUGUGUUGAUAGGACCAUAUGUGUGUUUGUAACAACGUACACUUGUGAUGAUAGGACCAAAUGUGUGUCUAAGUUGAUGAAAGAGCUUAUAUUGAUAGAACCAUAUUGAUGUUUGAAUUAAUGAAAAGCGGGUGUUGAUAGGACCAUAUGUGUUUUUGUAACAGCGUACACUUGUGAUGAUAGGACCAAAGGUGUGUCUAAGUUAAUGAAAGAGCUUAUAUUGAUAGAACCACAUUGAUGUUUGAAUUAAUGAAAGCGUGUGUUGAUAGGACCAUAUGUGUGUUUGUAACAGCGUACACUUGUGAUGAUAGGACCAAAGGUGUGUCUAAGUUAAUGAAAGAGCUUAUAUUGAUAGAGCCAUAUUGAUGUUUGAAUUAAUGAAAAGCGUGUGUUGAUAGGACCAUAUGUGUGUUUGUAACAGCGUACACUUGUGAUGAUAGGACCAAAGGUGUGUCUAAGUUAAUGAAAUAGCUUAUAUUGAUAGAGCCAUAUUCUUGUUUGAAUUAAUGAAAAGCGUGUGUUGAUAGGACCAUAUGUAUGUUUGAAUUAAUGAAAAGCUUUCUUUUUUUGAACUAAUGAAAGAGUUUGUGAUGAUAGAACCUUAACGUAGGAUAAACUUGGGGGUAGGGUGGGGACUGGUAGCCAUGCCGCACUCAAUUCACCGGGGGGGGGGGGCGGAAGCAUGGUGGAGGCAUCAUACACUUUAGAUAGUUUUGGGCCCCUUUGUUUUCGGGUUUUUAAGGCUAAAUGGUUGCCUAGACUGUAGGCAAUUGCCUUUUCUUAUCAUUUUAAUUCGGGUUUUUCGGUGGGGGGGGGGGGGGGGAGGGAGGCCGAGGCGGCCUUAAUUCAGCGGGGGGGGGGGGCGGAAGCAUGAUGGAGGCAUCAUACACUUUAGAUAGUUUUGAGCUCCUUUGUUUUCGGUAUUUUAAGGCUAAAUGGUUGCCUAGACUGUAGGCAAUUGCCUAUUCUUAUCAUUUUAAUUCGGGUUUUUCGGUAGGUGUGGGGAGAGCGAUGUAUUUUUCUUUUGCAGAAGUUAUAAAAAUUGUUUGUUCGUCUUGAUGGGUUUCGGUCAAUAUUAAACACAAAUGUCAUGAGUGAUGACCAGAGGAAAGUGAGCAGCAAAAGCCUAGUCCCUCAACACUCCUUUGACAAAUAUAUGAUAACCCUGCAUGACCCUUUAAUCCCAUUGACCUUUUAAUCACAAUGACCUUUAACCCUCCUGAUCUUUUAACCACUGUGACCAACAUUAAUGAAGGGGCUAACGGUUAUUUCAUCAUAAAUGCAAGUGAAGACUUUGAAAAAAAUUGAACUUCAUCAAAUUAGGCUGAACAGGGAUAAAUCAUACGAAGGAGAGACAGGUCGUCGCAUUGGAGACCGUUGUAUAGCACAAUUGAAAAAAACAACAUUUGUCCAGUUUUCAAACAUUUCAAUAUUGCGAACCACAAUGGAAUAUUAGGCAUUGCAGUUGCUGGUAUAUUUUAUGCAAGUAUUACACCAGAUGAAAUUAAUUAGGAAAAUGAAUUAGUAACAAAAUUUGGUACGUUAACCAGAUACGGUAUAAUUAAAUUCACAAUUUUACACAGCUGCCCUGUCUUCUCCCUGUUUGGUUUUUACAUUUUACUUCAACUUACUUCCUUAUUCCGUUAUGUAAUUUUUAGGCGGGAUACAUGUAUAGAAUGUAAAUUUAAUUUAUACUAUUAUAAAUGGUUUUAAAUUUACACAAAAUGUGUAUGUCUUAUUAAUUGAACAGUGAUAAGCGAGGUCACUUUAUGUUACAGCGUACAGCAUAAUCUCUGUUACGUCGUUACAGGUGAUCCCUUUCUACUCAUCGGUCUGGACUUGUGACUCCGAGAAUUUCCUUGUGUUAAAUGAACAGUCCCUGGAGAGCAGGUAUCGCAUCCCCUACAUCAUGAGGAAAUAUGGACCAGAGUAA